GGCAGACGCUGGAGCUCAAGCCCGCCAUGGAACAACGCAAACAUCUGCUCUUACAAAAGGUAGAUGAGGUGAAUGUGCUGAAGGAAGAGUUUGAGCAGAACAGCCAGGUGCUGGAGGCCCAGAUGCAGGCUUACCACCCAUCCACACUGCAGGACAACCUGCGUGUGGCCACACAGGCCGCAGAGGAGGAGGCCGACACCAUCGCCCAGCAGUUUCUCGACGGCAAACUAAGCACAGAUCUGUUCCUUGCCAAGUUCAUGGAAGUAAGAACGUUGGGUCACGUUAGGCGAGUGAAGGAAGAGAAGCUGCACGCCCAGCUCCAAGAGCUGCAUAGGCACGGUUUCUGAUGAAGGUGCGAACAAAGAUGUGCACAUGCCUCGUCAGCUGGCCUCCAGCUUCUGGAUGCGCAUUAUCGUCAUGCUGCACAUGUGACACUCAUCAGUGUACAUAUAUGUGGGCUCAUGGCAGCCUGUUCUUUUUUGCACUCAGUGAACGAGAAGAGCGGCCUUUUUUUUUUUAUAUCAAGCAAAUUAACUCGUGUACAUAUACCUAGACAAAUAAUACUUAUUUAUAAAUGCAAAGCAGCUGCUAAUGACAGAAGACAAUGCUGUGAAAUAUGAAAAGGAAGUGCCCAGGUGUUUUUACCUAGAGAAGUGAAUCGAACAGCUUUUCUUUUUUUACAACUGUCUGGCAAAGAAUAAAACAAAUGCUGUUUUGCA